AUUAUUUCUAAACAAUAUGAUUUUUUAUGAAGGUUGUCAUUGUUACAAGGUUUGAUUCUCGCGUUUAAUUAAUCUUAUCCAAAACACCUAACUGCUUUACGGCAAGUCCCCUGUCGUAAACUAAACCCUAUAAUGUACACUUUGACGUGCACUUGACCACAAAGAUACUGUAGAAAAUCUUUGUUUUUUAUCAGAGACAGCUGAUGAAGGAGACGGCGCAUUUACAAUCACUUUUCUAUUAUUUGUCGUAAAAUGUACAUCAUACGGUUGAAGUUUACGACAGGGGGAUUUGCCGUAGAGCAGUUUGGUGCUUUGGAUUAGGCAGCGAAGUUUGGAUCGUUGUUUCUGAACGUGUUCAAUGUGACGGAUUUAAAGCUACGACAAAACAGAGCGUCAUGUCGGUGAGCACCAGGUGAAUCACCGGAUGUGACGAUGUUUUUCCCGCCUGAUCGUGAGUACACUGGAUUUCAGAUGUGUUCCUGUGCAGGUUCCUGGUUCUCUACAGUGUAAGAGCUUCACACUGUGUACGGCCACCAGACGGCGGCAGAGAGCUACACAAGAGUUUCCAACAGAUCAGAUCAAGUGAAUUACACUGAAUUAAAAGAAGAUGCAGAGUUUCAUCCUGUACAGGAGAGAGCCAACCAGCCGGGGGGUGGAGGCGCAGAGGCCUGCACAGGUGGAGGCGAGGCCAACAGCAGAACCUGAGAGAGAGCACUCCAGGGAGUCUGCUCAGCCGGCCGGGGGACUCCAGGUGAAGGUCUACCCGGAGCUGGAACCGCUCUCCUGGAGGUUUCCACAAGCUCCAGUGGAUCAGGUGAAGAAGCCUCCGGUCCGGUUUGAGCGGCGGCGGCCGGAGACGUGGAACCGUGUUGCUGUGAGGUGUGGGGAGAGCGGCCUCCAGGUGGAAGUGAGUCAGGACCUGCUGGGCCUCGGCCGGCUGGUGGAACCGGAGCACAUCACACUCGGUGGUUGUUCAGCCACCGAGGUCGACGACCUGUCCCACGUGAUCGUCUUUGAGUCUGAGCUGCACGGCUGCAACAGCACGCUGGUGAUGACGGAGAACACCUUCAUCUACGCCUUCUCGCUGGUGUACGCCCCCCCAGUGUCGAGCCGGAGCCCCAUCACACGGAGCCAGAGAGCGGCGGUCGGGGUGGAGUGUCACUAUCCGAGGUGAAGCGAGUCUGGAGCCACGAGCUCCGCUGUGGGACGACGUCAUCAGGUUCAUGUUCAACGGUGAAUUAUAAUAAAACAUUUUAAUGUUUCA